AUGGGCGGUGUUGUGGGUAACGAAGGCGUGAAAGCCACCUCUGGAGCCGACAUUGCCGAAUGGGUCCUUCCUGAACAUCGCCCUAUUGCCGCCAUGGUGUUUGGACUCUUGUACCAGAAACGGCUCAAGGACGUGGAUGGGUACCUCCUCCAACCGAUGGAAUCCCUGCGUGUUGGCGUAUGGUACAACCGCGUCAAACACCAUACGGUUGUCGGGUUGCGGGGCACCUUGCUAGGCGCUCAAGGCGGUUUACAAGACCUGAAAGACGACGGCGUGGUGAGCGGACUCUUGGGCGGCGCGAGUUGUGAUUUAGGGAUUGUGAAGGAAGCCACUACGGUCAUGGACACUGUGAUGGCGGCCUCCCACUUGAGGACCAGUUGGAUUACCGUGGCGGGAUUUUCCUUGGGCGGCAGUGCAGCCAUGUGUUUAGGCAACAUGUACCCCCAUGUCGAAGUGGUCAGUUUUGCUGGAGGGGCUCCUGCUACGCAGCCUACGUUGGUAGGGCCAGGCCCCGAUCGAGCGAUCCACUACCAUGUCGUUGGCGAUUUGGUGAGCAGCCAUAUGAGUCCCGCUGCGGCUACGGUCGUGAGAGUGGAUAAAGGGUUCACCGACUUUUCGGUGGUCAAACACCAUUCCAGCGACCGGUUUCUGCGGGCGGAUUGGGCAGGGCGGCGGGUAGACGCCGACUUUGAAGAUCAGUUGUUUCUGGCAUGGGCCCGCGGUGACAACCGUAGUACGGCUGGAAAAGUGUCUACAUGGGUGAAACAGGGAUUGAUCUCGUUACUGCCCUCGCCUUUACGCACAGUCGCCGGGAUGGUCGACUCCCAAGUAGACGCUACGUUCGCUCGCGUGGCCGAGUCUUCGCCUAUCCCAGGCAGCACGCGGUUCCUCCAGACUCAAGGGGACCCGUUCACCCUAGCAACCGAAUUUGAUAAAGAUGAUGAAGACGACGAAAGUGGAGAAGUACUUUAG